CACUGCUGGAGUGGGAAAUAAAUAAAUAAAUAUAAAUAGUCGCCAAGUAAACUGUCUAUUUAGCAAAGGAAACAAGCAAUCGAUGUGCAUUGAAAUGCGAUUGCCAUAAAAAAUGACGAUUGUGCGUCGAUCGGAACGCAAAUACCCCAUGCUGUUCCUGCAGGAUGUUAAAAUUGUGGACUGCGAGACAUCGUCCUCUGUGCAGCAAGAAGAGGUGCUGCUGAUUAACGGUGUGCCGGUCAAAUUGGACGGCCUGCCGGCAGAUGAUGCAAGUGCCAUUAAGAGCGCUCUGCUCGACGGCCAGAUGCCGGCAGUGGAGCACUUGAAUCAGCUGCUGUUUCGUGCUGGGCUGGCGCAACAGCCCAUAGAAGUGGAGACAUCGCUGACGGUGAAGUCCUCGCUGACCACCACCGAGGAGGUGUUGGUUUCACGCAACGGGCAGGUGCUUGACGAGAGAACCGUCGAGACCAAAGAGCACUUUAACCAUCAGUCGCACCAGAAGGAAAUCUGGCAGCCAGUCAGGCAGCAGAACGCUUUGGCGCGUGCGACGCCAGAGAACGCGCUCAAGUAUCGAACAAAUUCGAAUUCCACGUUUUCUUCACAGGCAACAGGCGAUGGGGAACCCAAUAGAUCUGGCGACGAGCUGGGUCGUCAGCUAAAUCAAACAUUUUCGAAUGCCUCACUCAUGUCGAGCAGCUCUGCCCUAAGCGGUUCGGAUCAAGUGAUUGGCUCCACCUCCAAUAUGUCUACGGCAACGACGCUGGGCGAGAAGAGUUCGAAUAUAAGCAGCUGCGACUCGGGCCACGACGGCCUCUUUCACAGUGUCUCGAUGAGUGCGCCCUACACAAAAGCCAACGCCCGCGAUCCGCAAACCGAUUCCAUGUACUGUGACAUUCCCAGCUCGACAGACGAAGCUGAUGCGGUGUCAGUCGCCUUGCUGAGCACGCACUUGCAGAUCACAGAGUCAUGUGACUCAGUCAACGAUUGCCAAACGCCGCCAGCUUAUGCCAAAGACUUGCCAGCCGCUGGUGAUCUCGGCACACUAGUAACGCUCCUGGUCAGCUGCAGGAAUGAGGACGUAGAGUUUGCGUUUCUACUAUGCGCACGUUUGCUUGUCACAGUUCAAGAGCUGCUGUCGAAGAUUAUUCAAGAGUGCCACGGACAAGAGGAGGAGCUGCUGCGUCUGCUUGUGCACUGGCUGCGCAUAUGUCCUAACGACUUCCGCAAUGAGACACUGCUUCAAGAGCUGCGCAAGCACAGCGCCAGCAAGGCAUUAAGUGCUUUUCUCGAUCGCAUUACCGACUCAAUAGACCGGCUGGAUGCAAGUCAGCGCUCACAGUUGCAGUAUUUGCUGGUAAAACAGGCCUCGGCCAGUUCCUUAGGGCGACAGAGCAGUAUUAAAUCGCUCAAACGAUUCGCUGCGAAUGUUUACAAAACGGAUAAUGUGCUGAGCAAGUGCAGCAGCGCCUUCGAACUGGCCCAUCAGCUGUACGCCAUUGAGUAUGCGUACCUCUCGCAGAUACGUCUAGAGGAGUUUAUCGAACUGAUUGACACUGGAGUGUUUAAGACUUGCAUGUUGCAAACCAAGGCAAGUACGCUAGGCUCCAGCUGCACCUCCGCAAAGCAACCCGAGGUUAGCAUCGCAGCCUAUGUGCAGUGGUUCAACCAACUCUGCAAUUUGACUGCCACGGAAAUACUUAAGGCUGGCAAAAAGUCUCAGCGCGUGCAGAUGGUUGAGUUCUGGAUUGAAACCGCUUUGGAAUGCUUCAACACGGGCAACUUUAACAGUCUGAUGGCUAUUUUGACGGCUCUCAAUAUGACUGCCAUAUCGCGACUCAAAAAAACUUGGUCAAAGGUGCAGACAACCAAAUUCGAGGGCUUGGAACAUCAAAUGGAUCCCAGCUCCAAUUUUCACAAUUACCGAUCGACCAUGAAAGCUGCCAUUUGGCGCUCCGAACGCGAAGCGGCUAAUAAAAUCGAGCGUGCCAUUAUUCCGUUUUUCUCGCUCUUUCUAAAGGAUUUCUACGCCAUUCACGAGACACACAAUACCAGACUCGCCAACGGAUCCUUCAACUUUGAGAAGUGCACACUUCUUGGCACACAGCUGCGCAACUUCUAUAAAUGCCAACAGCUGGAUUGUCCGUAUGAGCAGCUGUCCCAUGUCGUGGCCUAUUUGCAGAAGGCAGAAGUUUUCACCGAGGAGGUUCUUAUAAGAACUUCCUAUGAAUGCGAGUCGCCGACUGGCGUCGGAGAGAAAGAUCACUAUAAAGCGCUAAAAGCUGCUAAAUAAUCGAACACAUUAAUUUGAAUUAUUCAAUAAGACGACAAUUUUUGGCGAUAAUCGAAUCUAGCCUCGCACAAACUUCCAUUGAGUUUGUACACAUUUUUUUGUUGAUACUUCCAUGUUUAUAUUUGCAUUUGCAUCGCAAUGACGAUAAUAACUUUACACUAAAAUCGCAAUCGUAUUUGUUAAUUUGUACUUAAGUCUGUAGCGUACUUUCAUACAUAUUCAACUGAUCAUAAGCAAUUGGUUGGCAUGUAAUUUGCAGCUCCAAUAAAUUUACAUACAAUCUUACCAUUUUUUCAUCCCAUUUUUCGGGACUUGAUAUAUCCCUUUUUAAUAAAGUAGGGAAAUAAUCCAAGAGAAUAAAUUUACGUACAAUCUAAAACAAUUGCUUUAUGCCUAAAUGCAGUUUUAGGGAUUU